GCUUAUUGCUGUCACUCACUAUCGACUCGUGAUUUACUACGUGGUACUGCCUCACAAUGUAUGAUACUAGUAGGCUGCAGGUCGCGUGAGUAGGUACGUAUCGUAGGUAUGUUAUGUUGACCUCCGCACGCCAAAAAGAUGGUUUGACGAAACACAACCGCUUGGCAAUCCAGCAAAGAAAUUCGGAAAAGCAUGAGCUGAAGAUCUUCCGACACAUCAAUGAUCGCAGAUGGUCGUCACAGACGAAAACGCACAGAUCACCGGGAACCGGUGCAUAGGACGAGAAUAAUACCCAGGAAUACCAGCAAAAGCAAGAUCAAAAGCAGAAAUAGAAACAGAAACAGCACGCGACAGCGACCGCAACAGAAGCAGUGGCGACAGCGACAACCGCAACCGCAUCGGCCGCAUCGACCAUCCCAGCGGGCCCACUCCCGAGCCCGAUAUUGCCCAUGCCGGGUCCGCCACCGGUCGUCACCGUCUUUUCGUCGAUUCCGGCCAUCGCCGAGGCCCUAUCGUCUUGCGAGGGCCUCGCACUCGAUGUCGUCGAGGACGGGGCCCUCACCGGGUACGGGGGGACCGUGGAGUUCGAUCCACGGAAUCUCUCCCCGGCCACCUUCAAGGCUCUCGAGCGAGCGGUCGUCCUCGUCUCCGAGCCGGCCGUUGUUGCGUCCCUCCUCGGGCACGAACCCCAGUGCCUCCGGAACCUCCGGUGGUGCCAGUCCACCUACGCGGGGGUCGACCCGCUCUUUGCCCCCGGCAUCGCCCACCUCGAAAAACCGUGGAUCCUGACCCGCUUUGCCGGGGUCUUUGGGCCGCCCAUCGCCGAGUGGUGCCUGGCGCGCAUCAUCGGGCACGAGCGGUCCUUUGCCGCAUCGGCCCUCGACCAGCGCCGGAGGGAAUGGGCCGGAUCCCGCGAGGCGGUGGGGCACUAUCGGUACCUGUCCUCGCUCACCCUCUCCGUCCUGGGCUGCGGAGACAUCGGCCGGUGCAUCGCAAGGGCCGCGUCGGCCCUCGGGAUGAGGACGGUCGGAUUCGGCAGGAUUCCCCGCGCGCAGGGGGACCUCGAGGGCGUGGAAAAGUAUACUUUGGACCUGGGCGAGGCACUCCGGGCCGGCGACUACGUCGUCUCGGUGCUCCCGUCCACCCCCGAGACAAGGGGGCUGCUGGGCGGAAGCGCCCUGGCCGCGGCGGCGGGGGCCAGCGGGGGAAAAUCCCCGGUCCUUCUCAACGUCGGGAGGGGCGACGUGAUCGACGAGGAGAGCCUCCUCUCCGCCCUGGAGUCCGGGUACAUCUCGGCGGCGAUCCUUGACGUCUUCGAGAAAGAGCCCCUGCCGAGGGACAGCCCCCUGUGGAACACACCCGGCGUGGUGGUUUCCCCGCAUGUCUCGGGCCUGACGCAGGCCAGCGACGUGCCGGGGGUGUUGCUGGCAAACUACCAACGGUACGUCGAGGGAAACGACCUGCUGUACGUUGUCGAUUGGGACAAGGGGUACUGAACGGACGGACUCCCGGCACAGCCUGGUAGUGGCAUCGGCACUCACGCAAAACAAAAAAAAAUUGUAGGGGAGACGUACGAAGUCUCAGGCCGUUUCUGGAGAAUUCUCAAUGAAAGAAACAACGAAACCUUGGUCGAAUGCAAGUGGGUUUUAACGCUACCUUUAUGUCAUUUACUGUAGUAGACAGCACGUGGGUCGUAAGAUACACA